AUGCGCGGUUGGGGGCCCCCUGCGCAAGGCCACGCCCCCCCUGGAGGCUGCGCUGAGCCAAUGGGGAGCGAGGGGGGGGAGCGCAUGCGUGGGAAGGGAGGGGUGGAGGAGGAGGGUCACGUGGUGGAGGAGGGAGGCUCACCCGGACCCUCCAGGGGGGCCCCGACCCCGAGGAGCUGCCCCCAAGCCCCGCCCCCCGCCGCCUGCGCUGACGUCACCGCGUCGGAGCCACGCCCCCUGGGCGCCGAUGACGUCACCGCCGUGGGAGGAGCCAACGUCAGCGCCAAGGGGGCCAUUGACUGCAAUGGGGCCAAGGCGGAGCCAACCAUGGAGGGCAAUGGGGGGGGCACCCAAGGACAUAGGGACCCUAUGGGUGCCCCCAUUGAAGCCUAUGGAGAUGCCACCACCCCUAUAGCACCCAAUGGGACACCCCAAAUGGGUGAUGGGGUCAUGGGUGUCACCCAUAGGGAUGUCAUUAUGGAGGGGACCAACCAAUCAGAUGUCACCAUGGACCCUAAGACCACAUUGGGUGCCCCCAUUGAAGCCUAUGGAGAUGCCACCACCCCUAUAGCACCCAAUGGGACACCUCAAAUGGGUGAUGGGGACAUGGGUGUCACCCAUAGGGAUGUUAUUAUGGGAUGGACGGACCCAUCAGAUGUCACCAUGGGCCAUAGGGACCCUAUGGGUGCUCCCAUUGAAGCCUAUGGAGAUGCCACCACCCCCAUAGCACCCAAUGGGACACCACAAGGGGGUGAUGGGGCCAUGGGUGUCACCCAUAGGGAUGUUAUUAUGGGAUGGACGGAGUCAUCUGGGGUCACCAGGGACCAUAGGGACCCAAUGGGUGCCCCCAUUGAAGCCUAUGGAGAUGCCACCACCCCCAUAGCACCCAAUGGGACGCCUCAAAUGGGUGAUGGGGCCAUUGCUGUCACCCAUAGGGAUGUUAUUAUGGGAUGGACGGAGUCAUCUGGGGCCACCAGGGACCAUAGGGACCCAAUGGGUGCCCCCAUUGAAGCCUAUGGAGAUGCCACCACCCCCAUAGCACCCAAUGGGACACCACAAGGGGGUGAUGAGGACAUGGGUGUCACCCAUAGGGAUGUUAUUAUGGGAUGGACCGACUCAUCUGGGGUCACCCAAGGCCAUAGGGACCCUAAGGGUGUCCCCAUUGAAGCCUAUGGAGAUGCCACCACCCCUAUGGCACCCAAUGGGACACCCCAAAAUGAUGAUGGGGCCAUGGGUGUCACCCAUAGGGAUGUUAUUAUGGGAUGGACCGACUCAUCCAUGGUCACCAUGGACCAUAGGGACCCUAUGGGUGCCCCCAUUGAAGCCUAUGGAGAUGCCACCACCCCCAUAGCACCCAAUGGGACACCACAAGGGGGUGAUGGGGACAUGGGUGUCACCCAUAGGGAUGUUAUUAUGGGAUGGACCGACUCAUCCAUGGUCACCAUGGACCAUAGGGACCCUAUGGGUGCUCCCAUUGAAGCCUAUGGAGAUGCUACCACCCCCAUAGCACCCAAUGGGACACCCCAAAUGGGUGAUGGGGCCAUGGGUGUCACCCAUAGGGAUGUUAUUAUGGGAUGGACGGACCCAUCAGAUGUCACCAUGGGCCAUAGGGACCCUAUGGGUGCUCCCAUUGAAGCCUAUGGAGAUGCCACCACCCCCAUAGCACCCAAUGGGACACCCCAAAUGGGUGAUGGGGCCAUGGGUGUCACCCAUAGAGACGUUAUUAUGGGAUGGACGGACACAUCUGGGGUCACCCAAGGACAUAGGGACCCUAUGGGUGCCCCCAUUGAAGCCUAUGGAGAUGCCACCACCCCCAUAGCACCAAAUGGGACACCACAAGGGGGUGAUGAGGACAUGGGUGUCACCCAUAGGGAUGUUAUUAUGGGAUGGACGGAGUCAUCUGAGGUCACCAUGGACCAUAGGGACCCUAUGGGUGCCCCAAUAGAAGCCUAUGGAGAUGCCACCACCCCCAUAGCACCCAAUGGGACGCCCCAAGGAGGGGAUGGAUCUAUGGGGGGCACCCAUAGGGACGUUAUUAUGGAAGGGCCCGACCCAUGUGGGGUCAUCCAAGGACAUAGGGACCCUAUGGGUGCUCCCAUUGAAGCCUAUGGAGAUGCCACCACCCCCAUAGCACCCAAUGGGACACCCCAAGGAGGGGAUGGAGCUAUGGGUGUCACCCCUAGGGAUGUUAUUAUGGAGGGGACCAACCAAUCAGAUGUCACCAUGGACCCUAAGGCCACAUUGGGUGCCCCCAUUGAAGCCUAUGGAGAUGCCACCACCCCUAUGGCACCCAAUGGGACACCACAAGGGGGUGAUGGGGUCAUGGGUGUCACCCAUAGGGAUGUUAUUAUGGGAUGGACGGACCAAUCAGAUGUCACCAUGGACCAUAGGGACCCUAUGGGUGCCCCCAUUGAAGCCUAUGGAGAUGCCACCACCCCCAUAGCACCCAAUGGGACACCCCAAGGGGGUGAUGGGGACAUGGGUGUUACUCCUAGGGAUGUUAUUAUGGAGGGGACCAACCAAUCAGAUGUCACCAUGGACCCUAAGGCCACAUUGGGUGCCCCCAUUGAAGCCUAUGGAGAUGCCACCACCCCUAUGGCACCCAAUGGGACACCACAAGGGGGUGAUGGGGUCAUGGGUGUCACCCAUAGGGAUGUUAUUAUGGGAUGGACGGACCAAUCAGAUGUCACCAUGGACCAUAGGGACCCUAUGGGUGCCCCCAUUGAAGCCUAUGGAGAUGCCACCACCCCCAUAGCACCCAAUGGGACACCCCAAGGGGGUGAUGGGGACAUGGGUGUUACUCCUAGGGAUGUUAUUAUGGAGGGGACCAACCAAUCAGAUGUCACCAUGGACCCUAAGGCCACAUUGGGUGCCCCCAUUGAAGCCUAUGGAGAUGCCACCACCCCUAUGGCACCCAAUGGGACGCCCCAAGGGGGUGAUGGGGUCAUGGGUGUCACCCAAAGGGGUGUCAUUAUGGAGGGGACCAACCAAUCAGAUGUCACCGUGGGCCAUAGGGACCCUAUGGGUGCCCCCAUUGAAGCCUAUGGAGAUGCCACCACCCCCAUAGCACCCAAUGGGACACCCCAAGGGGGUGAUGGGGUCAUGGGUGUUACUCCUAGGGAUGUCAUUAUGGAGGGGACCAACCAAUCAGAUGUCACCAUGGACCCCAAGGUCACUUCAGGUCACCCCAUUGAAGCCAAUGGAGACGCCACCACCUCGGUGGGCCCCACCGCCAAGCCCCGCCUCCCUGAUGACAUCAUGGCACAGCCAGCCAAUAGCGGCAUCCUGAGGGGUGAAGCCCCGCCCCCGCUCUGCCCUGCCCCUCCUCCCCCCGCCCCCAACGUGUUUCCGGUCACCGUGGGGCCACAUGGGGCCGCCCCUCCCCCGCUGCGGUCCCUCCCCCUCCUGCUGUUGCCCCUCCCCCUUUUGCUUCGCUGA